AUGGCAUCAGGAGUUAAAGUUGAUUCAGCAGUUAAGACUGUCUAUGAUGAACUUCAUAAUAAGCAUAUGCAUUCAUACAUAAUCUUUAGAAUUAGUGAUGAUGAUACAACUAUUAUUGUUGAAAAGAAAGGAGAUAAAGGUGCUCCAUAUUCAGAUUUUUUAGAUGCAAUGAAAAAUUGCGUUGGAUCUGGUAAAGAAUGCCGAUAUGCAGCAGUAGAUGUUGAGGUAACUGUUCAUAGACAAGGAGCAGAAGGUGCAUCAAAAUUAUCAAAAAUAGUUUUUAUUCAAUUCUGUCCUGAUGAUGCUCCAGUUAGAAGACGUAUGCUUUACGCAUCAUCUGUUGCUGCUCUUAAAGCAACACUUGGACUUGAAUCACUUAUGCAAGUUCAAGCUUCUGAUUUAUCUGAUAUUGAUGAGAAAGCUAUAAAACAUGAAUUGAUGUCAAGUCAACGUCUUUAA